GCUAGUGUGAGCAGAGCCUGCAGCCUGUGGCUGGAGUCAGGAAGCUCUUCAAGACAGAUGGUGACACCUCUCCACAUAGCACUGGAGGCCCCUGAGUGUCCAGGCUCCAUGCCUCCCCAUGAGCUGCGUAGCAGAACUGGCAAGGUGCUGGGGCUGCUGGCCAUUCUGGGACUUGGCUUUGUGCUUCUCACCUUCCUCCUGGGGCAAAUGCCUCCUGCUUUCAUGGGGCACCAGAUGCGCCCCGAAGAAGGAUUUAUCAGGAGGCACUCCCCGGGAGGGGAGGCUGCACGGCAGGAGGACUCUUGCCGGCUUGUCCUCGUGGAAAGUGUUCCACAGGAUCUGCCAUUUGCAACUGGAAGUCCCUAUGCCCAGCCCUUGGCCCAGGCGUGGCUGCAGCUUCUGGACACUGCCCAAGAGAGUGUCCAUGUGGCCUCAUACUACUGGUCCCUCACAGGGCCUGACAUUGGAAUCAAUGACUCAUCUUCCCAGCCGGGAGAGGCCCUUCUUCAGGAGAUGAAGCAGCUGCUAGUCAGGAACAUCUCCUUAGCUGUGGUCACCAGCAGCCCAACUCCGGCCAGGAUGUCCACUGACCUGCAGGUUCUGGCAGCCCACGGGGCCCAGGUGCGACAGGUUUCCCUGAGACGGUUCACCGGUGGUGUCCUGCACUCCAAAUUCUGGGUUGUAGAUGGGAAACACAUCUAUGUGGGCAGUGCCAACAUGGACUGGCGGUCUCUGACUCAGGUGAAGGAACUUGGUGCCAUCAUCUAUAACUGCAGCCGCCUGGCUCAGGACCUUGACAAAACAUUUCAAACCUACUGGGUGCUGGGGGCUCCCCAGGCAGUCCUGCCCAGAACUUGGCCACAGAACUUCUCAUCCCACAUCAGCCGCUUCCACCCCCUGCAAAGCUUCUUUGAUGGGGUGCCCACUUCUGCCUACUUCUCGGCCUCACCGCCCAAGCUCUGCCCCUAUGGCCGCACCUGGGACCUAGACACCUUGCUGGCGGUGAUGCAUGGUGCUCAGGAGUUCAUCUAUGCCUCGGUGAUGGAAUACUUCCCCACCACGCGCUUCACCCACCCCGCCAGGUACUGGCCCACACUGGACAAUGCACUUAGGGCAGCAGCCUUCAACAAGGGUGUGCAUGUGCGCCUGCUGGUCAGCUGCUGGCUCCACACGGACCCCACCAUGUUCCCUUACCUGCGGUCCUUGCAGGCCUUCAGCAACCCCUCAGCUGGCAUCUCGGUGGACGUGAAAGUCUUCAUUGUGCCUGUGGGCAAUCACUCCAACAUCCCAUUCAGCCGGGUGAACCACAGCAAGUUCAUGGUCACGGAGAAGGCAGCCUACAUAGGCACCUCCAACUGGUCAAAAGAUUAUUUCAGUAGCACCUCAGGCGUGGGCCUGGUGGUCAGCCAGAAGACCCCCAGCACCCAGUCGGGUGUGACCCCCGUGCAGGAGCAACUACGGAGACUCUUUGAGCGUGACUGGAGUUCCCGCUAUGCUGUGAGCCUGGAUGGACAAGCCCCAGGCCAGGACUGUGUUUGGCAGAGCUGAGACUCGGUCUUCAGUAGCUCUGGGGCCCACUGCUACUACUUCCCACCAGGCUUCCAGCUCAAACAGAAAAUAAAGAAGCAAAAGAAUAUUGCUUGGGACCUGUGGCUGCAGUUGAAUGAACAAAGCUUCCAGGACACUCGGCUGCAUUUAGAUAAAGAAGCCACAGCAGGGGAAGUCCUGCAGUGAUAACCCCGGCACUUAGCUGUCCCUCUCUGGCCUACCCAGGAGGUACUGCUGGCCUGUCCCCAAGCAUAUUAGUCACUAGCACAGCUGCCCAGAUGCAAUUCCCAAUAAAAGGUGCUGCUUGUUUUCAGGCCUGCUCCAAUUCAAAGGC